UAGCUUGAUACAACAAUUUAUCUUACCUUACCAAUGUUGUUUUUUUUUUACAAAUAUAAAUUGAAUUGAUAUACAUUGCCCAAUAGAGCUGAAUAUACAAAUUAAUCAGCCAUAAGGCCCAAAUAUAUUAGCCCAAAAGACCCUUCAUUUAAAUUUACAGAUUCAGCCCAAAUAACAGUCCAGGCUUUAAACCCGUAUCAACAAAAUCCAACUUAUUCCACGUGUCAAAUCACCAUUCUUCCAGAGCAACGCUUCUUCCAGAAAUCCAAAAUGGUGAAAAAAAGGGAAAACAAAAAAAAAUGGAAACAAAAUUAAUUUCUUCAUCCCCAUUAACAAAAACAAAACUUCGUCAUUUCCUCUCUCCUUACUCCAAACCCUUAAUCGCCACCUCAAUACGUUGCUCCUUAUCCACUCCGAACAUGUCCAAACCACCGGGAACCGGCGAUGACCGGCGGCUCAAAGUAGUGGUGUGCGGCGGCGGAGUCAUCGGAGUUUGCACGGCAUACUUUCUCGCCAAAAACGGCGCCUCCGUCACCGUCGUUGAACAGUCCUCCGUCGCAUGCGCCGCCUCCGGAAAAGCCGGUGGAUUCCUGGCCUUAGAUUGGUGCGACGGUGGGCCCCUCUCUUCCCUCGCACGUACCAGCUUCAAUCUCCACCGUUCAUUGUCCGAUGAGCUUGAUGGGCCUUCAUCCUACGGUUACCGUCCACUGGACACCCUAAGCGUGGCAAUUGAUGAGUCUCAUAGUAAACCCAGUAGUAAUGUUAAGAAUUUACCGUCAUGGGUAGAUGGGCCAGCCCAGAAAUCGAAGCCCAUUGGGACGGCCCAAACGACGGCCCAAGUGCACCCCCAGUUGUUCACGAGGUGUUUGAUGACGAAUGCGGUGGAGAAGUAUGGAGCAGAGGUGGUGAUUGGGAGGGUGGAUGAAGUUGGUUUUGAUGAAAAGGAUGAAGGGCGAGUUGACUCGGUUGUUUUGAAUGAUGGACGAGUUCUUUAUGCUGACUCGGUUGUGUUGGCUCUUGGGCCUUGGUCUUCUAAGUUGGCUUUAGUGUCUUCGUUGUUUAGAGUUUAUGGGCUUAAGGCCCAUAGUAUUGUUCUAGAGCCCAAAGAGCCUGAUCUUAUCUCGCCUCAUGCGUUGUUUCUCACUUAUUAUCCAGCCCAUGGUGGUAGGCCCAUGGACCCUGAAGUCUAUCCUCGGCCCACUGGUGAGGUGUACAUUUGUGGGAUGUCAUCAACAGAGGAGGUGCCAGAUGAUCCGGAGCAGGUUACACCCAAUCCAGAAUCAAUAAAAAUCCUCAAACAAGUGGCCGGGAAUGUUUCCACACAUUUAAAGGAAGGGGAAGCACAGGUUACAGCAGAGCAAGCAUGUUUCUUGCCAUCCACUGAUGACGGUGUUCCAGUAAUUGGUGAGCUUCCGGGCAUGAAAGGAUGCUUCGUAGCAACUGGGCAUAGCUGCUGGGGCAUCCUUAAUGGGCCAGCAACAGGAGCUGCAUUGGCUGAACUUGUUAUUGCCGGUAAAACUAGUAUUGCUGAUCUUAGUCCGUUUAGUCCAGCAAGGUUCGUUCUUAAAAGUAAAAGGUAAUGAAGCUGUACAUUAGCAGUGAGAUACUGCAAUAUUACAACAAUCAUAUUAGCACUUAGCAGUUGUUUGGUAUUUGCAUGAUGUAUAUUGUAUAUCCUGGUCCUGAAUAUACAAAUGGCUUCAACAGUAUGUAACAUUCUGUAAGACUAUAACUGAAUUCAGGUCUUCAGGACAGUAUUUUAUAGUGAGCAGUAAAUUUAGAUGAAGAAAUUAAUGAAGGCCUUAAUUUCUGAACCAAACUAUGAUUAUCUUUUUUUUGUGGAAUAAGUACAUGUUCUAUGGA